AUGCAACAACCCACCCACCAUAACAACAAUCCCGACCCUGGCCGUGUCCUCUGUUGCCGCAACUCUUGUGGCAUUGUGAUAACGACUGGGGAACUAUCAAUGUUUCCUCCUGGAAUCGAGGGGCGCCCAGUUACGCUGGAGCUUACCUACGCCCACGUAGUUUCACCGGCCUCGGCCACUUUCCCUAAGCCCGUUGAUGCGUCCUCGACCAUUGGCAGAGACAUAGCAAGUACCCCUCCCCAGGGGGAACACCCAGCCCAUGAAAUCACGGAGGAAUCACCCCUGUCCGUUCAGGCAGGAGAAAUGCCCAACCGGCUCCACUCAUUAUCAGAGGAGGUGGGAGACGUAGACAGUCCCUGGACUGUGGCAACAGGGAGAAAUGUGCACACUCAUUGCGAGUCCGUCAGUAGCCAUAAAUCGAGUACUGUCGGAAGAGUUAGUCCUGAAUUAGACUAUGCGCAUGGCACUGUGGAGGAGCUCACCUCCAUUGUGGACAAGGCCGCAGCAUCAAUGUCCCCAUUGACACUUUGGCUCAUUGCCAAUUGCUAUGCCAAGCUGGCUAGCGUAUUGGAGCAGAAGAUUCCUGCUCAGGGGUUGGAUCCAUGCAGUGAUACCACUCCUGAGUCUAUGAAGGAGUCAGCUGAUACCGGUGAAAGAUUAGCCACUAUGAACGAUCAUCCAUACCGGCUUGAAGCGGCUGAGUGGUCGGACGAUUCUCCAUACCCCAAUCCACCGGUCGCAAGUUCUGCCCAAGAAAAGGGCAAGGGUCCUGACCCGAGCAACUGGGGGGAAAUCAACAUUUGUGACAGUGAACUGGAAUACCAACACAACGUGUGGAAAGCAUUUGAGUUGGCCCUGAAGACUGAGGACAUCUCUGCGGAGAAAAGCGGCCACGACGUGUUCUUGCACAAAUUCAAUCAAAUGCAGGAACGUCUGGCAGAGCUGGAGGACCAAGAGCGUCAAUGGGAGACGAGUCAAAUCUCUGAAAAUCAAACGCCAAAACCCACUGCAGUGAAAACGCCCACCACCCUUAUCCAAACUGGUGGAGGGGGGUCCGGACCAAUUGCCUUGGCCAUCAGUAAGAGACAAUCCGUUUCGACCAAGGAGACUGGAGGGUUUGUAACAAGCGUACGGCAGGGAGUUAGCCUCCAGCCGUCGGAUGACAGUAGCUCCAGUUCUGAGUCCUCAUUCAAGGGGCCUGAGUCAGAAAUCAAAAGCAGUAGCGUGGGGUUGAGUGAGUUGUCCGGUAGUUCAGGGCCCGGUGACAGGAGCUUGGACUCGAGCUCUGACUCUGAUUAUUCCAGCUCUGACUUGGACCUUCCUCGUCGAAAGAGGCAGAUUAAGAAAAAGAAAAAGACAAGUAAGAGACCGAAAGGGAAGAUGCUUGUUAAGCCAAAUCCUCCAGCCCAUUACAACUGGUCGGAGAACACUGACAUGUACACCCAGUUUGUCGAUGAGGCAAACAGGUACUGCGAGUUGGGUAACGUACCGAAAGUACAUUGCGUGCCUAUUGUUGGAUUGUUCUUGGAUGGUGAUGCCAAAAAAUUUUACAACCGGCGUAUCCGAGGCAACGAACACAAAUGGACCUUGAAAAAGAUGCUUUGGAGGCUGUUGAAGUACUGCUUCUCUCUAGACUACCAACAGAAACAACAUAAGCGACUUAACCGGUGCCAUCAAAACGGAAAGUCAGUUAACAAGCAUGUACUUAAGUUGGAAAGUAUCUUGCUUCAGAUUGGAUUGAAGAAGGAUCAGGAGCGUGUUGCGCUGCUGUGGAACAGCUUUGACGCAGACAUUCAAGAGGAAUUGUUCCGAUUUGGUCUUGACCCAGAGAAGUCGAGGUGGAAGCGGGUAGUCAAAGAGGCAAUCCGAGCCGAGCACUUCCUCAACCUGGACAAGCGAUGUAAAGGGAAAGACACAACAAUGGCUGUGGCAAGCACGGGCCCAGGCAAGUCUGGGUUGAACUGGGACAAAAGAAAGAGGAGAUUCUUCCCACAAAAACAGGGAGGAAUCAUUAAGACAGCGGCAACCGCGGUGGUACCAUCUCAGGGAGCUGGACCUAGGCCCGAGAAUUGUCCAGCCCCCACCGCUGGCCCCACUUCUGUGCCGGGCAAGAACCAGGUCAGCCCAACCAAUCACCCUUGGGAGUGUUGUCUAUCACCUCAGAAGCGGGCCAAUCUCAUGACCUGUGGGUUAUGCCUGAACUGUGAAGAAAGCGGGCACAUGGCCUGCUGA